CUCUCUCUCUCUCUUUCUUUUUCUCUCUCCUCUCUUCCAGAUAGGCACGAGGAAGAUCCGAAAGAGCGACGACCAUGCAGUUCGCCAAACUGACGCUUCCGGCGGCGGCGCUCCUCCUCGUCGCCGCGACCAUCGCCAAAGAGGAGAGCUCGUCGUCGAAGAGUCGCGACAAGCGGCAGCAGCUCGCCUUCCACCUGCGAAAGGGCGGCCGCCUGCCGCCGUACGCGGUGCAGAUGGAGCCGAUAGUACAGUACUCCCAGCGGGAUCCCCUGUACAACCCGCUGGCGAGCUCGAAGAGCGACGAUCUCUACGAAGAGAGCCCGCUGAGCUACUACCCGACGGAGCCUGAGCCGAUCAUCGAGAUCAUCAUCAAAGAAUCCAACGAGUCCCUGCCGACUCCGGUGCCGCCGACGCUUCCGGCACGGCCGACCAAGGAGCCGAUCCAGGUGUUCUACGUGAAGUACGAGAAGAAGAAGGGAUACGGCGAGAAGAGUCGGGUCGUAUACGACCCGCCGGUUCCGGCGUUAACUCCGGUGGAGGAUCACGAGGUGGUCAAGCCGGAGGACUCCCGGCCGGAAGAACCGACGUACACGGCGACGCCGGCGCCGGAACCCUCGACGACUCUGCGCGCCAUCAUCAGACCCGACAGCGAGGUGUAUCACUCCGGCAGCAGCGGCAUACGCGUCACCUUCGGCACCGAUCAAGUGCCGCCGAACAGUCACAGCAAACGCAGCGACCACGAGGCGCCGGUCGUGCAGCGCGGCAAGCCGGCCGCCUCGCCGGGGGCGCCGAAGAGACAGCACGGCCCGUACCAGCCGCUGCAGCCGGUGCAUCCCGCGCGGGUGCCGCCCGCCUUUCCGCAACAGCGCGUCGUUAACUCCGUGUUCGCUCCGCAGCAGGCGCUGCAGCAACCACCGCCGAAUUUCCUGCAUCAGCAGCAGCAGCUGCAGCAACAACUGCAGCAGCAUCAACAGGGAUUCCCCUCUCAGCAAGCGUUACUGAGAAACACGCCGCCGCCGAGACCGCCGCAGCGGCAUCCGAUAACGAUCCAGGGUCUACCGGAGGUGCAGCAACGCGCCCCGUUCAACAACUUCGGCCCGCCGCAUCGCGUCAGCAUCAAUCACCCUCAACAACCGGGAUUCCCGCCCACCCUGUCGGUGUCGCAUCAGAGUGUGCACCUGCAGAAUCAGCCGUUGCCGCAGGCCAGUUUUAACGGGGCGGAACCGCCCCAGCAACCGUUGUCCGUCAGGCCGAGCAACUUCAACCCGGAACCGCCCCAGCAACCGUUGUCCGUCAGACCGAGCAACUUCAACCCGGAACCGUCCCAGCAACCGUUGUCCGUCAGACCGAGCAACUUCAAUCCGGAACCGCCCCAGCAACCGUUGUCCGUCAGACCGAGCAACUUCAACGCGGAACCGCCCCAGCAACCGUUGUCCAUCAGACCGAGCAACUUCAACCCGGAACCGCCCCAGCAACCGUUGUCCAUCAGACCGAGCAACUUCAACGCGGAACUACCGCCGCCGCAGUCACUGCCACCGUUCAAGCAACAGGAACAGGAGAAGCAGCGUUACCACGAGCAACGAAGGCAGCAGGAGCUGCUGAAGCAACGGGAACACCAGCGGCUUCAGGAACACCAACGAUUGUUGGAGCAGCAGAGGCAGAUCGAGCAACAGAGAUUGGUCGAGCAGCAGAGGCAGCAGGAACACCAGAGACUCCAAGAGCAGCAACGUUUGCAAGAACAGCAACGGCUGCAGGAGCAACAACGGUUGCAGGAACAGCAGCGUCUGCAGGAACAGCAGCGACUGCAGGAACAGCAGCGUCUGCAGGAGCAACGCAGACGGAAGCAGGAACAAGAGCAGAAGCUUCUUCAGGAACAGCGAUAUCGCGCGCAACUCAAGUACAAUCAGCCGCAGUUGCCGCCGCAACACCCGGACGGUGAGAUCUUCAAGGCGGUCCCGAAGCUGGAGCAGCAUUACGCGAUCAGGGAGAAUCCUCUUCAUCCCGGUCCUUUCCCGCCGAAUCCCGCCGUGGUGCAGCCAACCGUGUACCCCGAAAUCUCCCAGAGCCAGUACGUCUCCGCGCAACCGCCCAACGCUCUUCACGAUUCCCAACAACUCCCCAGGACACCGCCGAGUCAUUUCGUUCCCGGUGAUACUUUGCAUCAGCAGCAGUCUUAUCAAGCUCAGCCGAGUUAUCUCUCGCAGAACCUGCCGCAACAACGGCCGCACGCGGCUCCGCUUCAGCAGCCAUCGAUAUGGGGCGGCCGGCCGCAGAACAAUCCCGGACAGAAGAUUUACGCGACCCCGGUGAGCCCGUCCGAGAACUUCGACUCACCAUCGACCGUGAGGAGCUUCCUGCCGACUACGACGACGACGACGACAACCAGUACUACAACCAGCACUACCGAGGCGCCGACCACCACGACGCUCUCCCCGAAGAAGGAGGCCAAGAUCAAGGAGAACAUCGCCAACCUGCCGGACGAAGUGCCGGACGACAUCAGGGAGCAACUGCUGAGCUCCGGAAUUUUGGGUAACGCCGACAUCCAGAUCCUCGAUUACGACAAGAUCGGCGACAUACCGAUCGAGAAACUACCGCCGGAGGCCCUGGCGAAUUUCUACGGCGCCGGGGGCGGGGCCGCCGUUGCCGCCGGCAGCGAGCCCGUGCCGGCGAUCGUCAGGGGGCCGACGACGGAGACGAGUCAGCGGAACGUCACGGCGAAGAAGGCGACCACCGCCGGCACCACUGCUAGCACCAAGUUCGAGCAAGCGACUCUGCGGCCCGGCGGUGUGGAGAUGAAAGUAGUACGCUUUGAUCCGAAUACGGAGCAGGGGCAGGCGGUGGCGGAGCAGCACAUACGGGACGACGCGACCCAGCUCGAGCCGGUGUCCGUGGGAGAGCGCGACAUCGCUCAAUACAAUCGUUACUUGCCGCUCAAAGUGAGCGGCGCGUCCUUCCCGAUCCCGGACGUGCCGGAGCUCAACGGCCGUAGGAUCUCGAGCGUCGUGGUGCUGGCGCCGGUCGACUACGACUUUCCCGAGGAGGGGGAGGAGAUCGAGCGGCAGGGCAGGAAGGCCGGCGACGCGCAGCCGGUCAGGUUCCUCGCCGGCGACACCCUCAAGCAGCUCGUGAAGAGGCCCACCGAGGAGAACUACAAGAAAUGGCUCGAGCAGGAGAGCCGCACCGAACCGGAGCGGCAGUCGGUCGUGCUCCUGGUGACCAUGCCAAGAAACGACGGUCAGGGUGACAAGGAGAUCUUCAUGUACGACGUGACCUCCCGAUCCGUCAGCAAACUGGCCGGCGAUCUCUCGACGGCAUUCGUGGACGCUGCCGAGAGCAACUCCGACGGCGCCGGCUCUAUCGACGAUUCCUUCUAUGAUUCCUUAACUCUAUAAUUGACGUUGUCUUGUAAACAAAGCUCAAGCUGUCAAGAAACAGAAUCCGUGGCCGCGUACAGAACAUUUCUUUUCUUUUGGGUUUCCAUUAUAAUUUUAAUAAAUAUACCGUGCUGUCGGGAG